AUGUUACCGUGUGGAGAAGAGGAGCAGGACCGUCUCGAUCUGUUCCAUAAGCUAUUCACGGUAGCACGGGUGUCUGCCAGCUUAAUUUACGCGCCACAUCUCAGGAAUGGUAGAUUCUUUGAUCACCUAUACAACCUCCCAAUCACGCCAAUGAACUGCCAAUUCUAUGCGCCAUUUAACUUUGAGAGUCCUUGGCCGCUUGGCGAAGACUUCUGGGAUCUUCUUCCUGCAGUGUCGUGGGUGGAAAUCGAUUUCGGAUCUCGCUGCGCCAAUUGCUCUUUGGACGGACUGGCACUAGGCCAAUGGUACCAGUACCUGAAGCAGGCAACACAGGGCACUAUGUGGCCCAUAGCCCACAACUCGCGUGAUACAAUCAGAGCCCGGGAAGAGGCAGGUUUUACCCAAAUCGACCAUCGGAUGAUGAAAUUGCCUCUUAAUCCUCGGCAUAAUGAUAAACAUGAGACAAAGGCUGCUCGCUGGUAUAGCCUAGCUUUUCCCGAGAGUCUCGAGACCCUCAGUCUUGCUCCUUUCAGUCGCGUGCUCAAAUGGCCUUUGGAUAGGAUCAGACAUCUAGCAGCUGAGGCUAACUCAGAGGCCUUUAACAAGGAACUCCAUGCUUACAACAUCUUACCGAGCCGGACUAAGCGAGCCUUUCCGUGGGAACAAUGUGUUGCAGGAUAA